GCGUUUUAAAUGGAAUCCAAUCAUAUGUCCAACUUUACUCCUAUUAGUGCUAUAUAACUGCAAUAAAGUCGUGUUGAAACUCGAUUCACGUUCCGACGACGGCGCUCGCUCGUACACUCUUUCUAUUUCCCCAUCUCCAGAUUCCAUACGAGCUAGAUCAUCAUCCAAUAAUGGCGACCAUUCCUAAGAAUUCCAUUACUCUCCAUGGCCUAACACCAUCUUAUUCCCAUUCGCCGGGAAAUAACAAAUCCCACCACCUCUCAUUUCUUCAUUCAUCCCCCAAUUCGAUUCCACUCCGGCUAUCCUGCACCAGAUCCCGCAUUUCUACUUCCUUUCAGGUCCGGAGCAUUCUCAACACGGUUCAAUCUGCUGACGCAUCCGUCUCCAGGGCCGCAGAUCUCGCAUCCGCCGUCCAGGAACUUAAGCCGAGAGUCCUCGUCUCCGAGAAGCUCGGAGAAGCGGGCAUUGAGCUGCUCCGGAGCUUCGGUGAGGUCGAUUGCGCGUACAAUCUGUCGCCUGAGGAGCUCUGUGCUAAGAUCCAGCAGUUUGAUGCGCUUAUUGUUCGGAGUGGGACGAAGGUCACGCGCCAGGUGUUCGAGGCAGCUCGUGGUCGGCUCAAAGUGGUUGGUAGAGCCGGUGUUGGAAUUGAUAACGUGGAUCUUCAGGCCGCAACCGAGUUUGGCUGUCUGGUUGUGAAUGCUCCCACCGCCAACACCAUCGCAGCGGCCGAACAUGGCAUCGCUUUGCUCGCCUCCAUGGCUCGGAACGUCGCGCAGGCCGAUGCUUCCGUUAAAGCCGGCAAAUGGCUGAGAAACAAGUAUGUCGGUGUCUCUCUCGUCGGUAAGACAUUAGCAGUUAUGGGAUUCGGUAAAGUUGGUUCAGAGGUCGCAAGACGCGCGAAAGGACUUGGGAUGCAAGUUAUUGCACAUGACCCUUAUGCCCCUGCCGAUAGGGCUCGUGCUAUUGGAGUUGAGUUAGUGUCUUUUGACCAGGCUGUAUCCACUGCUCACUUUAUCUCACUGCAUAUGCCUCUUACCCCUGAUACGAAAAAGGUUUUUAAUGAUGAAACAUUUGCAAAGAUGAAAAAAGGAACCAGACUCAUAAAUGUCGCUCGAGGAGGGGUUAUUGAUGAAGAUGCACUAGUAAGGGCACUUGACAGUGGAAUUGUUGCACAGGCAGCCCUAGAUGUUUUCACCGAGGAACCACCGCCUAAAGAUAGCAAAUUAGUGCUUCAUGAGAAUGUGACCGUUACGCCUCACCUUGGAGCUAGCACAAAGGAAGCACAGGAAGGUGUUGCUGUUGAAAUAGCUGAAGCUGUGGUUGGUGCUUUGAGAGGGGAACUAUCUGCAACCGCUGUUAAUGCUCCAAUGGUUCCUCCUGAGGUAUUGUCCGAGUUAGCCCCUUACGUUGUGCUAGCUGAGAAACUGGGCAGGCUGGCUGUUCAGUUAGUAGCUGGUGGGAGUGGAAUUCAGUCCAUUAAGAUAGUAUACAAAACUGCAAGGAACCCCGACAGCCUGGACACGAGACUUCUGCGUGCCAUGGUAACCAAAGGUAUCAUUGAGCCAAUUUCAGACAGCAUAAUCAACCUUGUGAAUGCAGAUUUCACAGCGAAGCAGAAGGGUCUCCGCAUCAGCGAAGAACGAGUAGGCGCUGACUCAUCUCCGGGGUCUCCAGUUGAGUCCAUCCAGGUACAAAUAAGCAGUGUGAAGUCAAAAUUCGCAAGUGCAUUGUUGGAGAAUGGAAAUAUCUGUGUGGAGGGGAAGGUGAAGGAUGACGGUAUCCCUCAUCUUAUUUGUGUGGGGUCGUUCAGUGUCGACGUGAGCUUGGAGGGGAACCUUAUAUUGUGCCGCCAAGUUGAUCAGCCAGGGAUGAUUGGGCAGGUUGGGAAUAUUCUGGCUGAGAAUAACGUGAACGUGAGCUUCAUGAGUGUGGGAAGGACUAGUAAGAGGACAAAGGCGAUCAUGGCAAUUGGGGUCGAUGAGGAGCCAAAUAAGGAUUCUCUUAGGAGAAUAGGGGAAGUGGCUGCAGUCGAGGAGUUUGUCUUCCUCAAACUGUAGGGACAGAGAGAUACACAUACCAUAUGAGGAUUGAUAAUAAACGGUGGCUCCACUUAUGAAGCGGUAUUAAACGAGCAGGUUGUCACCCCAGUUUCUUUACUAUUGAUAGGCAGAGUCUUUGCCAUGUUAUAUAGCUAUGCUGUUAUAUUUGCCACUUCAUUUUCACUUGAGGAAAUGACAAACGUUGGCCAUGAAGGUAAAUGUAAUCUUGUAUUCCGUGCUGUUUUUGUACUAGUUUUAGUUUUUCAUUCCUGAGUUUGUUCUUGCUUUCAUUUUGUAUAAUUCCCCUCUUCCUUUCUUGUAUCGUUUGAUUUUUGCAAUACUUCAAUAAUUUUAAUGAGUCCGUCUGGUAACGUCAAAAUUGACUGAAUCAGAUGAAUAUGUUGAAAUUGAUGAAACUUUGACUG